AUGCUGGAAUACCUGAGCUAUAAGAAGUUCAAGAAGUACAAGACAGAAAAGGAGGCAAAGCAGGCGGCGGAAGGGGAGCAGCAAUCGCAGGAGCAAAAUGGAUCGUCGUCGGCGCAUCUCAGACCCGACUCGCGGCCUUCGCCGUCGCGGCGCCAGACCAGCUCUCAAUCCGUCUCAACAACGGCGAGCGGAGCCACCGAAGGCGGUCCCGCACCGCUUUUAGAUCGCAAGGACGAAGCCUUCUUCAGGCGCAUCCUCUCUGACCCGGAUGAGGUUGACUCGGACGACGAGAGCGUUCGUCCGGCGCUGCCCCCGCGCAGCAAGACCCCAGAGUACACGUGGGACUCUGACGAAUCUCGCCGCGCGGCGCCGUACCGGAACCAGCAGCAGACUCCCGCCAAGGCGGCGACGGUCGCUGUCGCGGAGAACCCUGAGGGCUCGGGGCCUUCCAGGAUCCCCGGCAAGAUCGCCUUCCUGUUCAACAAAGCCAAGGGCGGCGACAAGGACAAACAGCUCCAGCCGACCAAGCCCGUGAAGCCCGAGGAGGCGGCGCGCGAGCAGGACGACCUGUCGCGCGUGCUCGACGACCUGAACCUCUCGGCGCGCAACAACAAGGCCAUCCCCCUAUCGGCCGAGUCAUCCGAGCUCGUCGGCAAGUUCACCCUCGUCCUCAAGGAUCUCGUCAACGGCGUGCCCACGGCCGUCGACGACCUCCGCAAUCUCGUCGAAGACCGCGACGGCACCCUCAAGAAGUCGUUCGACAAGCUCCCGAGCAGCAUGCAGAAGCUCGUCACCAGCCUCCCCGACAAGUUCACCGCUAGCCUGGGGCCUGAGGUCCUCGCCGCCGCCGCUAAGAGCCAGGGCAUUAACGCCGCUGAGGUGUCGGCCAGCGAGGGCAUCAAGGGUGCCGCCAAAAAGAUGUUCACCCCCACCAGCUUCUCCGACCUGGUCUCCAAGCCCGGCGCCGUCGUCGGCAUGCUCAAGGCCAUUGUCAACGCCCUCAAGCUGCGGUGGCCGGCCUUCAUCGGCACCAACGUCAUCUGGAGCGUGGCUCUCUUCCUGCUCCUGUUUGUGCUCUGGUACUGCCACAAGCGCGGCCGUGAGGAGCGCAUCAAGCGUGAGAACACACCCGGGGUUGUCGAUGGCAGCGGCCGCAUCGAGGAGCUCCCUGACGACCCCGCCCUCCCGGCGCCCCCGCGCUCGCGCACCGAGCCGGCCAGCGCGGACCAGGACCGCCCGAGGAGCCAGAGAGGCGAGGGCAGUCGGCGCAGCGGCAGGCACAGCUCGGGGAGAACGACGCCCCAACGGCGGGCCUCGCCGCCUCCCGACUCCCCCCGGAGAAGGGCGACGAGGAAGUGA